AGAAGAAGAAGAAGAUCUCCAAUCUCUCAGACACAAACUCAAUCAAUUUCUGUCUUUCACUCCCCCGUUUUUGAAUGUCAUCAUCUUUUCUCAAACCCAUCCCCCAAAACUCAUCUUCUUCAAAGUCUUUAUCUUGAACAGCCCCUCAGCAUCAGAGCAGUUAUGGAUACCAGUGGAAGGAGCUCGAAUAAUAGAUGUUCAGGAUCCUCACCUGGGAACCUAGAAGAAACUGUCGAACAGACUAUCAGAGGUGAUACAGGACAAAAUUUAAAUGGCAACCAAGGAGAGUUAGAUAAAUCAAAUGAUGUUGAAGUUGAUCUCAACAAGUUAGAAGACUUGAUAUACGAAGGAAUGGUGUUUGAAUCUGAAGAAAGAGCAUUUGAUACAUAUAAUGAGGUUGCCAGGAGAGCUGGUUUUAGUGUCCGAAGAGACAAAUUAGUUAAGAGGGCAAAUGGCAUGAUGCGCAAACGAGUUUUCGUAUGUUUUAAACAAGGUAUUCGAAAGAAGGAUAACCGAUAUCAGUAUGUGAGAAAGGAACGACCGCAAAUAAGAACUGGUUGUAUGGCACGUAUGGUUAUUAAAUAUGAAAAGGAGAACAAAUGGGUUGUAACUGAUAUCAUAUGUGAACAUAACCAUCCGCUUCCAACCACGUCAAAGUCAUAUAGGUUAAGGCCACAAAGAAGAACAGCAGAGGCUGCUAUUAACGAUCUUGAAGGCAUAGAUACAGUAGGGAUUUCUCCAGCUGAUGGUUCCAAACAAAUUAAUGGACGACAAGCAGAGGGGCAUGAGAGUGUUGGCAAUAAACUUGCAACUUUGGGAAAUCAUAUCCAAAGUAAGCGGAAAAUACUGGAGAAGGAUGAUGCACGUACAUUGUUAGAUUAUUUCACGAGGAAGAAAAUGGAGAAUCCUGCGUUUUUUUAUUCAAUGAUAGUUGAUAAGGAAAAUCAGGUGACCAAUCUAUUCUGGGCGGAUGCAAGGUCAAUCAUGGACUACAAUUAUUUCGGUGAUGUGGUUAUUUUCGAUACGACGUACCGAACAAACUUGCAUGGCUGGCCAUUUGCACCAUUUGUUGGGGUUAACCAUCAUAAGCAGACAGUCCUAUUUGGUGGGGCGCUGAUAUUGGAUGAAUCUACUGAGUCAUUCAUUUGGUUGUUUGAAACAUGGAUGAAGACAAUGUCUGGACGUCAACCUAAAACGAUCAUCACAGACCAUUGUGCUACAAUUUCCAAAGCCAUUUCUAUUGUGAUGACAGAAACACACCAUCGAAUUUGUUUGUGGCAUAUUUUUAAGAAUGCCUCUAAGCACCUUUCUCAUGUUUACUGGAUGCCGGGUUUUCUUCAGUGUUUCAGCAAGUGUAUAUAUGGUUAUGAGACAGAGGAGGAAUUCAUUGCCAGAUGGGAGAAGAUGUUGCAUGACUAUAAACUAGCAGGAACAAAAUGGUUGGAUGACUUGUUUAACGUGCGGGAGAAAUGGGCAUUAGUCUAUGGACAUGACACAUUUUGUGCUGAUACAACUACUACUCAGCAUAAUAAAAAUAUUAACAAAUUCUUAAAGAAGUUUGUGAAAAAGAAGUACUCUUUUACAGAAUUUCUUGCGCGUUACGAAAGAGUACUUAGUGCUUGGCGGGAGAGAGAGUUGCAUGAAGAUUUUGAGUCUAUUCAGACAUCACCGAAUCUUCCCUUUCCUGCACCCAUGUUAAAGCAGGCGGCAGAUAAGUAUACAAGAGCUGUAUUUAAAAUGUUUGUAGAAGAGUACAAAGAAUGGAUUUUGUGCAAGGUAGAAGAUUGCGGUGAAGAUGGGAUUUUCUGCAAGUAUGAAGUAACACAAGAGAACUGUGUGAAAGGCCUGGUUACGAUUGACCCUUCAACAUGUCAAGUUUUGUGCAGCUGUAAGAAAUUUGAGUUUGUAGGAAUCUUAUGCCGCCAUGCCAUUAAGAUACUGUAUCACAGAAAUAUCCAUGAUAUUCCUCCACAGUACAUUCUAAAGAGGUGGUCAAAAGAUGCCAAGAGUGGAACCGUGAGGGAUCGAGAGGGAAACCAAAUGCAAGCUGAUUCUAGCUCACUAAUAUCUUUACGUUACAAUGAGCUUCUUCAGAAGGCUAUUAAUAUUGCGACUAAGGGUUCACUUAAUGAAGAGUCUCAUUUAGUGGCCAGUCGUGCACUGGACAAUGCCCUAUUAGAAGUUGAAUCUGCUACAAAAGCAACUCAAGGAGGCAGCAGCGAUGAUUUCCACACAUCUCUAGCAACUCAGUCCCACUCUGGAGAGAGAGUUUUUGUGGGAGAAGGAGGUGACAAAAGUAUAAUGUUCAGUGCUAGGCAAAUUAUUGGUGAUCUAGAUAUUGGACAAAAAAGGAGAAAAACACGAAAUAGUUUUGUUGAUUUAAGCCAUGAGCUAAGCAUGGAUAAUCUGCACCAUCAACAAGGACAAAAUCAUAGGCUACCAGAUGGACUGAAGAGAAAUGACCCACCUAUUCAUCCAAGUCUGCAGAUAGUUUCCACACCAAAUUCCGCUCACCUUCCGUAUACUCCAGUUAGCUUCUCAGAAUCGACACAAUUUAUCUAUCCAAUUAUACGUCCUAAUUUACAGUAUAUCUCAAGUCCGUACACACAGGGGUCCAGUGGUCUUGGGAUGGAACCCUGUCCAUUUAUCACUCAUGGCGCCCCAGAGGGAUCUUAUAUUUCGAGUAAGCCUCAUAACUUAGGAAGUACAUACUCAAAACCAACAACUGCAAACACUGGUUUCAAGCCUCACCAGGCAUCCUUCGGUGAGCCACGGAUUCCAGCAACUUUUUACCCACAGCCUUCUUCAUUUCCCACUAGGUUCGAAUCCAACCAGGUAAUAAACCCUCAUGGUUCAUUGCAACCAUCAAUGUAUAUGGAUCUUCACACAACUCAGGGUGCUCUGGGCAUAGAAUCUAGCGAGGAGUCAUCCGAUUCUGACGAGUCUCAGUUAUCACCGCUAAGUAAUUGAAGAAUGAAGGUCAGACGCCAUAACCAACUCGGUUGCUUAGUCAGAUUCGGCCAAGGUUGGGCAUAGUGGGAAGCACUUGAACCAACGUGUACAUAAAUAUUCUGAUAAAACAUGGAUAGAAGAAAUACGAGGAAAAUCUUGUUCACUUCGGGAUAGAAUAAACGAUUCGUCAUCUAGCAUUUGAACCUUCAGGUUUCCUAUAUUUUCCCAAAAGGGUUGUCGGUAUGAAACAUCGAGGACUUCAUCUCUGACAGAGCCAAUCUACCACCCAUGUUUUCCAAUUUAUGGAACUGGUUUGAGUACUUGUUUUAGUUUUACACAACCUAUCUCUUUUCAGGAUUCGCUUCUUAAAUGUAAGUUCAGUGGUCCCAUUAUUAGACAUAUAUGGAUUGUUCUUCUUUCAUUUUGGUUAUUGAAGUUGGUUUGCCAGAAACAAGUUGGUUUUUCAAGAAGAGAAUUCUCCGGCUGACAAAAGAAGGUAGUGUUAGAAUGAAAGGUUACAUGUAGAUACUGUUCAGGAAAGACAAAAUUCUGAAUUUUGUUCAGUAUAAAAUGUAAAGAAAACUAGCACAGUGGUAUGUUUCAGAGAUCAUUGCAAUAGCAGAACCUGGGGGUAUAGGUACAACCACAAACUAUGUUGCGGAGAUCGUUGCAAUAGUCAGAGCUACUGAAUGGACUGUACAGAGUGGUUUGUUUUAGUCUCCUUAUUCAAUCCGAUUCUAGAUUAGGGAUUCAAAUGUUUAUAUCUCAGCAAUUGCCUUAGUACAUUCAGGCUAGAUGGAGCUGCAUCACUUCUCAGCACAUUUCUCUCCAAUUCAGACAUGCUUUCCAUGAAGUUAAUUACUGCAAUUCCAAUGUCAGUGCCCUCUUCUUUAUCAAAAAUGGAAUGGCCUGACAAAGUUUUUAGAUUUAGCUAGUUUUUCUAGUGAUUUUUUGCUGGGCCUUGCCUUGUUCAUUUUGUGGACAAGCAAUUGGGCUUAUUUGUUUCAUUUCUUCUUGUUUUUGCUAUUUUCUGUUUGCUGUAUUCUUUUGUUUGUUUAAAUUUAAAGAACAAAAAAGAAGACAAGUUAAACGAAAGAAAAAUGCUAUUCAAUUUGAUAUCCCUCCAUUUAUUUGUAUUCCAA